GUUCGAGUUUGAACUCUACGUUCAUCCCGCUCUCUGAUUAUUCAAUCUCCAGCUGUCCCCCUUUCUUAAAAUCUUCAUGUUUUUAAGCUAUCAAUCCUAUCGAGCUGAUUCACAAGCUCUGUAACACGAUCUAAUCAUCUCUAUAAAGGGAAACCUUUUCAAAUCAAAACCUUGAAAUUGGUUUUCUCCAAAGAACAUACAAAUGAGAAAAGGAGCUAAUAUUGGAGAGCCCACUUUUCGUGUAACAAGAGCUCGUGCUGCUGCUUGCAAGCCAUCUGUUGGUUCAGAAGUACCAAAAGGGCAGGGGCAAGAUCGUCUUUUGCGUAAAAAUCCUAAGAGAUCAGUGCUAGAUGAGAGAAACAACAACACUACUGCAGUUUCUAGUGCCCAAAACAAGAGGAGAGCUGUUCUUAAAGAUGUCACAAACAUUUGUUGUGAUAAUAAUUCUUACAAAAACUGCAUAAUUCCAGCCAAGAUUACGAAAACAACUACUAAGAUCACCAAGAAAAAUCCCAUCAAACCUCAACAAGUUUCUGCUCAAAUUCAAUCUACUGCUGUUGACCACAUAGUUGACUUGGACAAAAACGUAAUUCACCAGAAGGGUACUCAUAUUGCUGAAAGGGAAAACACAAACCGAAUUGGCAAACGAGUAGGUUCACAGUUGCAAAGCUUUUCAAAGAAAGGGAGAAAUAAUAUCCAUGAGAAGAUCAUCAUAGCUACCAAGGUUGACUUUACUGAUAUAGAUUCUGAUGAAAAAGACCCUUUAAUGUGCAGCAUGUAUGCACAUGAGAUAUAUAACAAUUUACGCGCAUCAGAGCUUAUACAUCGACCACAUUCUAAUUUCAUGGAAACAAUGCAACGAGAUGUAACUCAAAGUAUGAGGGGAGUCUUGGUUGAUUGGCUUGUAGAGGUAAGUGAGGAAUAUAAGUUGGUGCCUGACACAUUGUAUCUCACUGUCUAUCUCAUUGACUCGUUUCUUUCUCAACAAUAUAUUGAAAGACAAAAACUUCAACUUCUAGGCAUCACUUGUAUGCUAAUUGCCUCGAAAUAUGAAGAAAUGUGUGCACCUAGUGUUGAGGAAUUUUGUUUCAUCACAGACAAUACUUACACAAAAUCAGAGGUUGUGAACAUGGAGGGUCAAGUUUUGAACGAAUUAAAUUUUCAAUUUUCAGCACCCACAACAAAAACUUUUCUAAGGAGAUUUUUAAGAGCAGCUCAAGCUUCUAACCAGAGCCCGAAUUUUGAAUUGGAGUUUUUGGCAAAUUAUCUAGCAGAGUUGACUUUGAUUGACUAUAAUUUCUUGGUAUUUGUUCCUUCAAAUGUUGCUGCUUCGGUUGUGUUUCUUGCCAGAUGGAUGCUAGAUCAAUCGCGCCACCCUUGGAAUGAUACAUUAGAACACUACACAAAUUACAAGCCAUCAGAUCUAAAGAACACAGUUCUUGCACUCCAUGGUUUAAGAUCAAGUGACAUUAGUUCCCCUUUGAAUGCUAUAAGAUCAAAGUAUAACCAAGAUAAGUUCAAAUGUGUUGCAAGUUUGCCUUCUCCUCAAGUACCUGAAACACUACUUUAACAUACAAGAAGGUAUUCUCACUCUAGAUUAUGCCUAUUUACCAUAUAUGUUUCGGCUUGUGUUUUGUUGUUUGAGAAUUGUUAAUAAUAUUUUUGAAAUUAGAGUUGGGAAAUGAGGUUUUUGGUUCUUUAAAAACCUUUUUGUAAUGGUUAUACUUGUGGGAUGUGAGGUUGUGUAGUCAUUUAUAGCUUCAAGAUUUGAGUUUGUAAGUUGGCAAGAAAGGGAAAAAGUUGUAAAAAGCUGAUAUAAAGUUUAACUCAAGG